AUGGAGAAAAAUAACUUCAGUGGUAGUAUUCCUGCUAUUAUUGGUAACCUUUGGAUGCUAAGGAGAUUAGAUUUAUCUGAAAAUGAGUUUUCUGGCCUGAUUCCAUCAUCACUAGCCAACAUAACUCAACUAUAUGCUCUUUAUCUUCAAAACAACCGCUUAACGGGGACUAUUCCUUUGAGUUUUGGAAAUCUUUCAUACUUGCAAGAGCUAGACCUUUCUCAGAAUCAUCUCAAUGGAACCAUACCCAAACAACUUAUGAGUCAGUCUUCCCUAACCAUUUCCCUUAACCUUGCUCAUAAUCAAUUGACUGGUUCCCUGCCCUCCGAAGUUGGAGCCUUGAAAAAUCUAGGAAACUUGGAUCUUUCUAAGAAUUAG